AUGAAAGAAUCCAACCUCAGAGAGCAGCGGAGUAAUUCCGGGAAAAGGCGGACUGACAUUUUGUCGCCAGAGUCGCUUCGACCCAGCAGAGUGUCUGUAUCUGUGUUGACUGGUGCUCGAGGGGAACAACCGAAGAUCAUGACAUCAGAAAGAAACAGCAAAGCCCUGAAGGUGAAGCAGGAAUGUGGCGAGAACGUGCCCUUCCUGUCGGACAGCGAGCUCAUGUCCCUCACAGUCCGAGAGCUGAACCUCCACCUGCGCGGCAUGUCCCGCGAUGAGAUCCAGAAGCUGAAGCAGCGCCGCCGCACCUUGAAAAACCGGGGCUACGCCGCCAGCUGCCGAGUCAAACGGGUGUCCCAGCGUGAAGCUCUGGAGCAGCAGAAGAUGGAGCUCCAGAGGGAGGUGGAGAGGCUCGGGGCCGAGAACGCCGGCAUGAGGAAAGAGCUGGAGGGGCUCGGCGCCCGCCUGGCUGCGCUCCAGAGGUUCGCCAGGGGCCUGGAGGCAGGAGGAGGCAACCUGCUGGCUACCGCCCCACGUCUCAACACCGCCUCCGUCAUCACCAUCGUGAAGAGUCCGCAGCAGCCUCAGCCGCAGCGGGAUCAUGAGCCGUCCUAGAAGGAGGAACCAGACUGGGGGGGGAGGCACAACCUGCAAUGCAAACACACACACACCUGUAGGCAUAAACACACACACACACACACACACACACACACACACACACACAUACACCGGAGAACAUUGUAGUAGGAAAAUACUAAGCACUUGUCUGCGUCACGCCUCGUUCACAUUUUAAAAUUCUGUAUGACACAAUGUUGACGGAGUGGCGUGUGACGUCACCCAUCAGACAACAGCUAGUUUUCCAAAGCAAGAGUUUAAAAAUCACCCAGGACCGCUGGAGGUGGCCUCCACUCUGUAACGCUGCAGCUUAGCUGACUGAAAUUUACUUGAGGGGACAGUUGUGAUAUUCUGAAGUGGGGCUGUAUGAAGUAUUUAUCCACAGUCAGUGUAUCACAUACAGCAGAUGGCAGUCGGCACGCCCCCACAGUCCAACACAGAAGCUAAGCAACGUACUGCUGUGGAUUGGUCAGCAACAAAACUUAGUUUAGCCACUUAAAAAAGAAAUAUCAGUUUAACUUAAGGCUAUACUGAGAAUAUUUUCACUGCUUUGCCUUUCUGUUAAACAGUGAUUUUCAAGUAAAUGAAAGUGUUAUGUCACAGCCAAACUCCAUUGAGAAAAAUACAGAUUUAACAUUACUGAACACAGGAUCUGCCGGUCCACAGGUGCCUUGAUCAGUAAGUUAGUUAGUGUUAUUGCGUGACUUUGGCGUUUAAAAGGGUUGCUUCAGAUUCGCCGAAGUCAUACAAUAACACUAACUAACUACCUGAUUGAAGCAGCGGUACACCAGCAGCUCCUGUGUUCUGUGAGGUAAAAUGACUGUUUUUGUCAAUGGAGUCUGGUGGCUUUGACGAGAGCAGAGAUUUAGGACCUUGGCUGUUUACAGCCUCCCUGCCGUAAUGGGCUGUCUCACUUAAAGUUAAGCAGUGAAAAUUCUCUCAGUAUAGCGUACACUUCAACUGAUAAAAGAUUUUUUUUUAGGUGGCUAUUAUGUAUGUAAUAAACUGACUAUGAAUAAGUACCCAAUACAACCCCACUUCAAAAACUUGCCCUUUGAGUGUUUGGGAUUAUUUUAAGAACAGGUCUAAUGUGAACGAGGCGUCGAGCACUGAUGCACUCACACGCGCACAAAACCCUCACACUCAGUCCUCAAUCCACACGGGAGGCGAAGACGAACCGGACUUUGAGUGCAGCCAGACCGACACAACCAGAGUUACUGUACACGUUCAAAGCUGGGGCCUCUCUGUGCUUCAGCGAAAACGCACGGGCGGAGCGGACGUUCACGCAGCUUCUUGCGGCUCUACAGCGUCUGCAUUCCUGGAACAGUUUGUCGUCUGGAGUUAUUCGGGGGAAAAAAAGUGUCCCAAAGUAUGAUUCAUCCACUUUUGUUAGUCAUUAAUACAGAGUUUCUCAACCUUGGUGUCACUUGAUAUGCAGGCGGGGUCACGGGAGAAGACUGAAAUAACUGCUCGGGUCACAGAGAGCAAAAAAAAAAGUCCAUACAAAGGUUGACAAAUGCUGUGACAUUACUUCAUUUGUGGAUUCACCUGCCACUACCUGUUCCACUCCUCCACUCAAGGAGAAAGUCGUUUUGUACUGCUUGUGUUCACAUUUCUCACAUUAAUGCAGUGCCUUCAGAGUCUGUAGGAGUCAGAAGAAUGCAAACCUAAGAGGGUGAAAAAAAGACUGUAAUCGCUCACUGUUCAUGACCGCACAUUUCUUUCUUUUCUGACCUUUUUAUCCCUCAUUUCCACAAUCCCUCCUGCAGGGUUCGUACGGUCAUUAAAAACUUUUUAAAUUUGCAAAUAGCAAUUUACAGACCAGGAAAAG